AUGUGUCCAACAACGCCCUCCCACCAUCCUCUCACCGAAGCCGAAAGGGAAGAGUUUUACUAUCUUUCCGGGCGAUUUAGGACCAAGGGCAACGAUGGCUUGAGAGACGAAAACGCUCGUCGCCUCCUCGACUUGUGGUCGCGCGUAGAUCCAGCGCCCAUCUCAUCGAGGCCAGCAUCAGCAGCUUCAUUCGCCACCCGCACCGACUUGACCAUCGAAUCCGACCUUCGUGUGACACCUUCGAUGGGAGAGCGGGUUCAGAGUCGAUGGGUGAGCGGUCGGGAUCAAGACUCGUACGGGGCCUUUCAGAAGACGCAGACGUUUCGCGAUUUCCAGGCCCAAGUUGCUGCGGCCCGAGACCAAGGUAUGGCUUCUCCUUCUGCUUCCAGAUCAGCACGUAGGUCUAUGCCACCUUCGAUGCCUGGAAGAUACAGCAGCGGAAAAGGCUCGCCUUCUUCUGAACAGCAUUCAGCCGCGAGAUAUGAGCGUCCUGUACCCUCGCCCUCACCCUCACCACGCAUCCCCUUCGACGUGCGAAGAUGGGGUUCGGAAGACAGCGCCGCUCCAGCCGACAUGUCCGCUCCGAAGCACCCUCACCGCGAUCCUUACAUCGACGACGACGACGACGAAGCCAGCAGUGCCGAAAGUGAAGACACUGUCAAUCCCAUCGACACAACCGCAGCCCAGCUCAGUCGUCUUCAGUCCCAGCACGACGAAGCCCUCCAGGGAUGGAACCGCUCUAUCACCAAGGCGGCCGCGUUUGAGGCCGAGGCUAUGCGCCUGCGGAUCAGGAUUGCUCUUUUGCGGGGUGAGCAGGUAGACUCUGGUCAAGGAAGAGGGAAGCACUUGGAUACGGGCGUGGAGUCGGCAGCCGUAGGAGCGGACAAGGAGACGCGAAGUGGACAUCGACGCAACAAGAACAUGCCGGCGUACGCUUCUGGCCACAUCUCGAGUCGAUAG